GUUAGAACCAACCAAUUUGGGUAGUGGGCACAUGCUUAUCGGAUCUAACCCAUUGUUUCCCUCGCUCAACUCGAACCCAUAUCGGGUUUCGUCCCUCACCCAUCCACGCACGGUUCUUCAAAAUCCAACCCUAACCUUCUCGGAUCAUCCGAUCGGACACGAGAACGAAUUGAAGCUUUUUAAGCUUCUGCAACAAUCUCUACAGAGCGAAUUUGGUAAACUUUCAGCUUAUGCGAUGGAAAUAUCAAAUGAUUCGGCUACUAAAAAACCAAAGAGAUUGACAUCUGUUGUAUGGAAUCAUUUUGAGAGGGUUAGAAAGGCUGACAUUUGUUAUGCUGUUUGUGUUCACUGUAACAAGAGACUCAGUGGGUCGAGUAAUAGUGGUACCACGCAUCUGAGAAACCACUUGAUGAGAUGCCUGAAAAGAUCUAACUUUGAUGUGUCCCAACUACUUGCAGCGAAAAGGAGGAAAAAAGAUAGCACCAUUAGCCCUGCAAAUAUCAGUUGUGACGAAUCACAGAGAAAAGAUGACUAUAUCAAGCCAGCUAUGAUAAAAUUCGACCAAGAUCAGAGAAAAGAUGAAAUUUUUAACCUUGGAAGUAGCAAGUUUGACCAGGAACGGAGUCGAUCUGAUCUGGCCCGUAUGAUUAUAUAUCAUGGUUACCCAAUGGCCAUGGUUGAUCAUGUUGGGUUCCAAGUUUUUGUCAAGAAUCUUCAACCUCUGUUUGAGGUUGUCCCAAACAAUGAUGUCCAACAUUGCUGUAUGGAAAUUUAUGGGAAAGAAAGACAGAAGGUGUUUGAGAUGAUAAAUAAGUUUCAUGGGAGAAUUAACCUUUCUGUUGAAAUGUGGUCUUCUGCUGAAAAUGGUGAGUAUUUGUGUUUAACUGCACAUUAUAUUGACCAAGACUGGAAGUUACAAAAGAAGAUUACAAAUUUUGUCACACUUGAUUCUUCUCACACAGAAGACUUACUCUCAGAAGUGAUUAUUAAGUGUCUAACCAACUGGGAAAUUGACAGUAAGUUAUUUGCCUUGACAUUUGAUGACUGUUCCAUUGACGAUGAAAUUGUUCUAAAGAUUAAAGACCAGAUCUCUCAAAACAGGCCACUGUUGGGCCGUCAACUAUUUGAUGUCCGCUCUGCUGCCCAUGUUCUAAAUUCAAUCGUUCAAGAUUCGAUGGAAGCUCUUGAAGAAGUGAUACAGAAGAUCCGAGGAAGUGUGAGGUUUGUUAGAAGUUCACAACUCACGCAAGGAAAGUUUGAUGAUAUGGCUCAACAAGCUGGAAUCGACAGUCAGAAGAGAUUAUUCCUUGAUUGUCCACUUCGAUGGAACACAACUUACCUCAUGCUUGAAACUGCCUUAGAGUACAGGGCUGCCUUUUCUAUCUUGCAAGAGCAUGACCCUACAUAUAAUUCAUCUCUAACUGACAAAGAAUGGGAAUGGACCUUUUCCAUCACUGGUUAUUUGAAACUCUUUGUUGAAAUCACCAAUGUCAUUUCUGGCAACAAAUCUCCUACGGCAAACAUUUAUUUUCCUGAAAUUUGUGAUAUACACAUGCAAUUAAUUGGAUGGUGCAAGAGUGCAGAUGAUUUUCUUAGCUCUAUGGCAAUGAAAAUGAAAGCCAAGUUCGAUAAAUAUUGGAGCAAGUGUAGUUUGGCUUUGGCUAUAGCUGCAAUUUUGGAUCCCCGGUUCAAGAUGAGGCUGGUGGAAUAUUACUAUUCCCAAAUUUACGGUAGUACUGCUCUGGAUCGAAUCAAGGAAGUGUCUGAUGGAAUUAAGGAACUUUUCAAUGCAUACUCUAUCUGCUCAACCAUGGUUGAUGAAGGUUCUGCUUUGCCCGGCAGCAGCUUGCCUAGCAUUAGUAAUGAUACAAGGGAUAGACUUAAGGGCUUUGACAAGUUCCUCCAUGAAACUUCUCGCAGUCAGAGUUCAAUAUCUGAUUUGGAUAAAUAUCUAGAGGAACCAGUGUUUCCUCGGAAUUGUGAUUUCAAUGUGUUAAACUGGUGGAAGGUCCACACCCCAAGGUACCCUAUUUUAUCCAUGAUGGCUCGUGAUGUUCUUGGAACUCCCAUGUCGACAAUUGCUUCCGAAUUAGCAUUCAGCACUAGUGGUAGAUUGCUUGAUCAAUCUCGAAGUUCAUUGAGUCCAGAUACUCGAGAGGCUUUGAUUUGCACCCAAGAUUGGUUGGAGGUGGAGCCACUAGAUUUCAAUCCCCUUACAGUCCAUACUGCUAGGCCGCUUCUUAUUGAAUCAAGUUAACUCCUUGAUCGAGGAUCCUUGCACUCAGAGCUGGUGUGGCCGUUGAACCUUAACUUCUCUAUGUCUAUAUAUCACUCCUCCUAUAGCUUUCUAAGAUUAAAUGUAAAUUUCAGGACACUGACUAGUAGAUUCUGAUUGAAAUAGAGAUUAACAUUUUCUUUACCAAAAUUUUGUUUUCUAGAUUCUUAGUCUGUAUUGAUUAGGCUCUGCUGCCAGUAAUUUAUUACUUUGUGCAGUCUAGAAUUUCAAAAUGCCAAGACCCUUGUAUAAAGUUUUAUCUUUUAGGCUAUAUUUGGUAGAUGAAGAAACGGAUGGAAUGUAUGAAGGAAAGGAAUAUAUAUGAAUGGCAAUAGGGAGGGAUUGGAAGUAAAAUUGAAGUGAUAACAUUUCAAACUUAUUUUCCAAUAUUAUUUGUUGCAUCCAAAUUUCGACGAGAAUGAACAAAUGAGCUAAGCUCGAAAAUAACUAGUAUUGGUUGAACACUUGUUAUUUGUUGUUGUUUGUUAUUUGUUGUUGUUGGUGAUCAAGCACAAGUUGAAAAGUUCGACUUUAAGUUUCAAGCUCGAAAUAAAGAAUCUUCUUCGGCGUUUGUGGAUAUUAUUCGAGCCUUAGUUGUAAGUUCGAAGGCGUUGGUCUCCGAAGACUGAGUUCAAAGAAACCGCAAGGUGAGAAGGAGACUAACUGGAAUAA